AUGAUUUUCAGUUCAUGGAAUGUUCGGGGGUUGAGGAGAGAUGGAAAGUUGAGGAUGGUAAAGGACCUAAGAAAUAAACAUAGGUUACAAAUGCUAGGGUUGAUUGAAACUAAAAGGCAGAUAGUGACGAAAUUUGACGUUGCAAGAAUAUGGGGACAAGGUAGUCCAGGUUGGGAAUAUGUAGGUUCUGAAGGGGUGGCUGGUGGACUAUUGCUAAUUUGGGAUGAGGAGAUGUUCAAAUUGAAUAACUGUUAUAAGGGAGAGAGGUGGUUGUGUGUUGAAGGAGUGAUAUUAAAAACUAGUUUCAACUGUGCGUUUGUCUUGGUCUACGGUGCACAUGAUAGAGAUGAGAAGGUUCAGGUAUGGGAAGAGCUGAGCUAUAUAGCGGGGUUAUGUCAGGUUCCGUGCUGUUUUAUGGGAGACUUUAAUGAAAUAGUACAUAUAGAGGAACGGAGAGGCAACACCGGGUUGACAAGGUCUGCGGAAUAUUUUAAGUCUUGGAUUCAGGACAUGAACUUAGUGGAUUUGCCGCUCACUGAUCGGAAGUUUACAUGGUUUCGCGGGCAUUCUUGCAGUCGUAUAGAUAGAGUCCUGGUUAGCUUGGAGUGGUUAGAAGAGUUUCCAGAUGCACAUUUGCGAGGUGGACCAAGGGGUCUGUCAGAUCAUUGCCCGCUAAUAGUGGAGGGUAGGAAGCUGAGAGGAGGACCCAGGCCGUUCCGGAGUCUUGAUUCAUGGUUUACACAUGAAGGCUUUCUCAGGAUGGUGAAGGAGGAGUGGAGAGGGUUAGGAGAGCUACAGUUCACAGAUAAAUUGAAGGCGCUGACAGAACCACUGAGAAGCUGGCAUAAGGCAAAUUUUGGUGACAUGGAUAAGAAGAUUACAAAGUUUGAGGAAGAGAUCAAGAAGAUUGAUGAUAUGGAGAAAGGCGCUGGUUAA